AUGCACCUGCCCGGCUGCGCGCCAGCCAUGGCCGACGGGAGCUUCUCUCUCGCUGGCCACCUGCUCCGCAGCCCGGGCGGGAGUACCUCGCGCUUGCACAGCAUCGAGGCCAUCCUGGGCUUUACCAAGGACGACGGGAUCCUAGACCCAUUUCCUGCAGAGAGGGGUUCCAGGGGCGCGAAGGAGCGGGAUCCCAGGCUGAGCGCGCGGCCCGCCUGCCCCAAGGCGCCAGCCGGAGGCUCUGAGUCUUCCCCGCCGCCAGCCCCCGGGCUGGUCCCCGAGUACGAAGCUUCUCGCCCCUGCUACCCCAAGGAGCAGGGAGAGGCACGGCCGAGCCCAGGACUGCCGGUUGGGCCAGCAGCAGGCGACUCGAAGCUUCCAGAGGAGGAACCUCCCAAGAAGAAGCACCGCCGCAACCGCACAACGUUCACCACGUACCAACUGCACGAGCUGGAGCGCGCCUUCGAGAAAUCUCACUACCCCGACGUGUACAGCCGCGAGGAACUGGCCGGCAAGGUUAACCUACCCGAGGUUCGGGUCCAGGUGUGGUUCCAGAACCGACGGGCUAAGUGGAGGCGGCAGGAGAAACUGGAAGUGUCGUCCAUGAAGCUGCAGGACUCGCCCCUCCUCUCCUUCAGCCGCUCCCCGCCUUCCUCUGCUCUGGCCCCGCUGGGGACCGGCCCGGGCAGCGGUAGCGGACCACCGGGGAGCGCCCUGCCGCUGGAGCCGUGGCUCGGGCCGCCGCUGCCCGGUGGAGGUGCCACAGCGCUGCAGAGCCUGCCGGGCUUCGGGCCCCCGGCGCAGGGCCUCCCGGCCAGCUACACGCCACCACCGCCCUUCCUGAACUCGGCGCCCCUGGGCCCGGGCCUGCAGCAGCUCGGGCCGCCGCCCGCGUACCCGUGCGCGCCUGGAUUCGGGGACAAGUUCUCGCUGGAAGAGGCGUACCCUCGCAACAGUAGCAUCGCCGCGCUGCGCCUGAAGGCCAAGGAGCACAUCCAGGCCAUCGGGAAGCCCUGGCAAGCCCUCUAG